AUGGAAAACGAAGAACUAUCUAAAAUGGAACUUCAGUUAGAAUCUCAAAUACCGAUUGAAAGAACAGUGAAGGAAAAAGUUGCUGUGAAGAAACUUAUUGAAAAGAAACUGCAAGAAAAUUGCUCAUGUUCAUUGGACAAACUGAAAACUCUAAUAACUGGUUUCUUUCCAGUCCUUCAAUGGCUUCCAAAGUACAAACUAAAAGAAUGGAUCUUGGGUGAUACCAUUUCAGGUAUACUUGUUGCUGUUGUCAUGGUUCCUCAAUCAAUAGCAUAUGCGUUGCUUGCUGGCCUAGAAACAAGUUCCAGUUUGUAUGCAUCCUUCUUCUCUUGCAUUAUUUAUUUCCUGAUGGGUACUUCACGCCAUAUUUCAGUGGGCAUUUUCAGUUUAAUAUGCCUCUUGGUAGGACAAGUGGUUGAUCGGGAACUUCUACUGGCUGGAUUUGAUGUAGAUGAAGACAGCAAAGUGAUGCCAACAACGAUGGCCAAUGCAGAUAACUGGAACAACAGUGAUGUCAAUCCAACCAUGAUAAUGAAUUUCACUCUUUCGGGACCACUGAACUUUGAAUGCGAUAGAAAAUGCUACGCUGUCAGUGUUUCAGCUGCCCUUACAUUUAUGUGUGGCAUUUACCAGGUACUAAUGGCAGUUUUCAAUCUUGGAUUUGUAUCAAAGUAUUUAUCUGAGCCCUUGUUAGAUGGAUUUGCAACUGGUGCCUCAAUCACUAUUGUAACUAUGCAAGUCAAGUACCUCAUUGGAAUAAAACUACCACGUAGUCAUGGACCUGGUAGUGUUGUUGUAACUUGGAUAAACAUUUUUAAGAACAUUCACAAAACCAAUUUCUGUGAUCUGAUAACAACUGCCAUUUGCAUGCCUCUGCUAAUUGUUUCCAAAGAACUAGGAGAACGAUAUAAACACAAGCUUAAGUUCCCUUUCCCAAUGGAACUGACCAUUGUAGUCAUAGCUACAUUAAUAUCCCACUUUGUAAAUCUAAAUGAAGUGUAUGGUUCAAGCAUUACAGGAGCAAUCCCAACUGGAUUCUUACCCCCUAAAGUUCCAAAUUGGCACCUCUUACCCAGAGUUGCCAUGGAUGCUGUAACACUUGCAAUCAUCAGCUUUGCCUUCACAAUCUCGCUGUCAGAGUUGUUUGCAAAAAAACAUGGAUACACAAUACAAGCCAAUCAAGAGACCUAUGCUCUUGGAUUCUGUAAUGUUGUUCAAUCAUUCUUUCAUUCAUAUGCUUCCAGUGCAACUCUGGUUAAAACACUUGUUAAAGAUUCGAGUGGUUGUCAGACCCAGCUGUCUAGUGUUGUCAGUGCUGUGUUGGUCCUAAUGCUGCUGCUUUUCUUAGCUCCUGUAUUCUAUUCUUUGCAGAAGUGUGUUCUAGCAUCCAUCAUUAUAGUCAGUUUAAGAGGGGCUCUCAUGAAAUUUCGUGAUUUGCCAAAGCAAUGGAAGAUGAGCAAAAUUGACACACUGGUUUGGUGGGUUACAAUGUUAUCUGUAACUUUAAUAAGUACUGAACUGGGACUUUUCACAGGGGUAACGUUCUCACUUCUGUGUGUUAUUAUUCGCACUCAAGUGCCUAGAGUAGCUUUGUUAGGUCAAAUCCAGGGUUCAACUCUAUAUGAAGAUCAAACAGAAUACAAUAACCUUACACCUAUUCCCCAAGUUAAAAUUUUUCGGUUUGAAGCCCCACUGUACUAUGCUAAUAAAGAUUUCUUUAUGGAAUCCCUAAUGAGAAAAGUUGAACUGAAUCCAGCUUUGGAGAUUGCGAAGCAGAAAAAAGAAGAAAGCAAACAAACAAAAAAUAAAGAAGCAAAAGCAUUCAACGGCAACAUCAAACAAGAACAGCCUGUUGUCAGCAAACGAUUGAUUCCUAAGGUGUACAAUUUUCACACCAUUAUUCUAGACUGUUCCACAAUACAAUUCUUAGAUACUGUUGGUAUUAAUACUAUGAAGACAGUUUUGAAGGAUUACAGUGAGAUUGGUAUUAGAAUCCUUCUGGCCAACUGUAAUCCUUCAGUCAUUGACUCACUGAGUAGGGGAGGAUAUUUUGGAGAAAACUGCAAGGAGAUGGGCACUCAGUUGUUUUAUAGUGUGCAUGCAGCUGUUCAGUACGCUAAAGCCAGCUGGCCUGAAACAAGUAAUUCCACUCUUUAA